AAAAGUUUGUUUCCUAGAUUUCUUUUCUCUUUCAGCGAAAAAGAUUGUGAGAUGGCUUCCAACCACUGCUCGGGCCAUGUUACCUUCAACGAGAUCUACCACGGGGCCACCUCAGAAUGGCCUGAAAACCUUCCAGGAUACAUCUGCAAAACACCACCAGUAGGCCCCGAAAGCGCGCCUCGCCUGGCUCAAUGCUGCUCAGGACCCGUCUACAACAUCACCUCGCCAACUUCCCCCGACGACCCAGCUUACCCGGUAACCUGUGCCACCCUCUGCCAGGUCGACCCAGCAUUUGACGCGAAAAACGAGAGCAACCCGUUCGGGUGGUCCGACUUCUUCAUGUGCCUGACUGACGGCGGAAAGCCUGAUGGAGGGGGUGUUAACUGCGACACUGUGACCGUUAAGGGGGAGCCAGCGCCUACUUCGUUCUCAUCUACCCCGUCUGGGUCCUGGCUGCAGGAUUGGACUAGCUACUGGACGUAUGAGAGUUACUCUGAUGAUCUGUUUGGGCACUGGAUGGAGGCGACUGCUUAUGGGGAGCAUACGACGAAGACUGUGGAUGGGACUGUUACUCCCUCUACAACUACAGCCACUCCCUCGGAAACGGCGUCAGCGUCGACUUCUUCGGAGACGGAGGCGUCGUUGACUAUUGGAUCAUCGCCAUCUUCUUCUAUUAGCCAAGCUACGGAAACGCUUACUGGCACAUCAGAUAGUGGGAGGCUGAGGCUGAGGCUGAGUAGGGUCGGUGCAGUUCUUCUUGUUGUUUGCUUCUUUGGCGCGGGAUGGCCUGUUUGAGCUUCCGAUAGAAUGCAGUUUGAUAGAAGGCUUGAUACAUUAUACCCCUUGUAACACAUAUUAAUAACUGCAUCUUAGAGACUGAAG